AUGGCGGCUGCGCAAGGCACGCUCUCUACGCUUCCGGGCGACGUCGGUGCCGGAAAGAAACACGCGGAGCACAUCGAGGAGUUUUUGGUUAAGGAGUCGUUCGUCCCAACCCAUCACCAUCAUGAGCAGAGCAGACACGCCCGAAAAAUGGUCGUGAGAAGGAGAAAGCAGAGUGUCGAGUCCUCGUUGCUGAGCGUCUUCUGUGCUUGGGUUGUUGAGCACCAGCUUGGCCUUUCGAUUAACCUUCUUCUGCUGCUGUCGCUCACGCACGUCUUGUUCCCUCAGAUACGGCCGCGAACCCGCAAGUUCUUCGAGAUGAGCUACUACAACAAGCAGGAGGACAACUAUCUCGUCGGCACCGACGACUUCUACUUUGCAUUCUCGUGGUUGGUUAUCUUCACUGGCGUUAGGGUUGCGACGAUGGAGUACCUACUCAAGCCAUUCGCACGCUCAAACGGCAUCAAGAGCAAGAAGGGGCUGGUUAGAUUCGCUGAGCAAGGCUGGAUGUUCAUCUACUACGGUGCUUCGUGGAGCUUGGGAAUGUACAUCAUGUAUAAUUCUCCGUACUGGCUCAACCUUCGCCAGAUGUGGACUGGCUUUCCAACCCGAACAAUGAGCGGGCUCAUGAAGUGGUACUAUCUGGUCCAGUUCGGGUUCUGGAUGCAACAGCUGUUCGUCGUCAACAUAGAAGAACGCAGGAAAGACCAUUGGCAGAUGUUCACACACCACAUCUUCACCAGCAUGUUACUCGUCUGUAGCUACGGCUUUUACCAGACCAAGGUCGGCAACGUAAUCCUGGCCAUCAUGGAUUUCUGUGACAUCUUGCUUGCUUUUGCCAAAAUGCUGAACUACCUCAACUACCAGACCGCCUGCGACGCUGCCUUUGGCGCCUUCAUCUUUAGCUGGUUUAUCACACGACACAUAUUCUACAAUCUCGUCUGCUAUUCGAUCUGGGCUCACGUCCCCUCGGCGGACAUGCCUUACGGCUGCUUCGAUAGCGUGUCCGGCAGUCAGGUCUCCGUUGACGGCGGAAACCAGGUCUGGAGCAACAUUAUGAAGUCGUUCAGCGAGCCUGGUGGCGUUGUCUGCUUCAACAACCGCAUCCGCAUGUCUUUCCUAUCGCUGCUCAUGGCACUGCAGGUCCUCACACUGAUUUGGUUCGGCAUGAUCAUCCGCGUAGCGUAUCGUGUGCUGUCUGGCAAGGGCGCCCAGGACUCUCGCUCCGACGAUGAGGGCGAGGAAGAGGAGGAAGAGGAAGAGGUCGAGAUCGAAGUCUACGAUCCACCUACGAUCGCUGCAAAUGGGAACGCACACCAGAAGUACAUUGUCGAAGAGGCAGACGGCGCGAGCGUCAAUCUGGCAAGAAAGGCUUCAGAGUCUCCUGCGGCUCCUAUGCGGCGCAGCUCCAGGCGGAUCCAUGUCACCAAGGCGAGCGGCAUCUCGAUCCCUGGUCAUGGCGACAAGAAGGAGCUCCUUGGGCGCAUCGGGUGCGACAAGCCCUCUUGA